CAAGCAUAAACUAAAGGAACACUGAAGGGAGGCGGCCGGCCCGCCGACCGACGCGCGCGCGAGGCGCAGGCUCGCUCCUUUUCCGUUUCCCUAGAGCCAAAGUGGAGCUGCAGGAGAGAAGCAGUCAGUACAGCAGACAGUGCAUGCAAGGUGAAGAAGCAAGGUGGGCAAGAAGAUGGUGGUGCGGAAGGAGUGCGUUGAUCGUUCAGUUUCACGACCUGCGUGUUUUCUGAAGGCGCUGCCUUGCUGAGCGGGAGGCCGCCCGCCGGCCGAAGGAUUUCGGCGGCCUGCACCAAGGUCUCUCCGAGGUGCGUGGGGCACGAGAGUACAUGUCCGGCGCGCAGCUGCACUACGGCGGCACCGCGCUCACCACCGGCGGUAUCUGGACCUCCCUGAGCAAGACCCGCAUCCCGAACCACGGCGACGAGAUCUGCGUCCGCUGCAAGGGCGCGGUCGAGACCACCAUACACCGUUUGCGGAGCUGCCCGUGCAAUGAGGCUGCACGCGGCGUGCUUGAUGCACGCGUACCUGGGAAUACUUAUCCUGACGGUCUUCCCCCUUGCCUGGCACGGUGCGGAUUGGUCCUGCACGGUCUGGGAGCAGGCACGACGCCGUCCUUGGAGGAGGCGAAGUACAUCUCGGAGCACCUUCCACACGUGAACGCCAUUGCUACUGUGGUUUGUGCCGCGGAGCGUCGUCAACAACUAGUUCUGCUUGAAUUGGAUCAGCGCCGUUCCCAACCAGUGGAACAUAUGCAUCGUGCUGCUCUUCCACCUCUGCCCCGCAUCAAGCAGCGGGCGCCGCCGGCAGCAGGCGGCGGGCCAGGGGGAGGACCUCCGGCAGACUGGCGAGGGGACCAACUUCCUCAGCAGCCUGCCCCGGGAGAGUUUCGAGUACACGAGGCCCUCGUACUUUCUUGCGAUGGUUCGG